UUAUUAGUGUCUGCGACUUUAAGUACGUUUCCCCGAAAGGUCACGUGGUUUUGUUUGUCAAAAUCUCUUCCGGAAUGGGAUGCGCAAGCCCUUGUGAAGCCUUGUGAAGCUGCAGUUUGUCACCUUAUAGUUUUUGCGUUACAACAACAACUUUAAUCCAGUGUUUAAAUACGUAUAGGUGCGUAUAGGUUGAUGAGCUAGUAGGGUACAGUAUAGUUUGUAGUGUAGUACACGCGCUGUAGUGGGAUAAUUCCUAAUUUGCCAGUCAGUUAAACCUAAACUCGUGACAGCUAUGGCUGCGGUGGACAGCUUUCACCUUUUGUACAGAGAAAUUUCGCGGUCCUGCAAUUGUUAUGUAGAGACUCUAGCCCUGGUCGGUGCAUUGUACACAGCCAGUAAAGCGGUCAUUGUAACUCGGGACUGUUAUAGACUGCUUAGACUUCAUUUUAUACCUCGACUAGUCAAUAACAGAGACCUUGUGCGGUCAUAUGGAGAAUGGGCUGUCAUUUAUGGGUCAUCCGAGACACUGGCAGUAGCAUAUGCCGAGGAGCUGGCCAAGUAUGGCAUCAAUAUUAUUCUGAUCAGCUCUGAUAUCAGAAGUCUGACCAGCACAGCCAAGGGCCUCUCUGAAGUCUAUGGUGUGGAGGCCAUCUUGGUCGAGGCAGAUUUCUGCCGCGGUCAGUCUGUCUGCAAACCCAUCCAAGACGCUAUUAGGGACAAAGACGUGGGCUUUGUGGUAAACAGUCUGGACACCUCUCUGAACCUCCGUCAGAGCUUCACGGACCUGUCGGAGGGAAGGCUAUGGGACGCACUGAACAGGAGCAUCACUGCAGCCAGCCUGGUGACACGCCUGGCUCUACCUGGGAUGGUGGAGAGGAGACGGGGGGCAGUGGUAAACAUCUCCUCGGGGGCCUGUAGCCGACCCCUCCCCAACAAGGCAGUACUCUCAGCAUCCACGGCUUACCUGGACUACUUCAGCCGUGCACUACACUACGAGUUUGGCCACCGGGGCAUCUUUGUACAGAGCUUGUUCCCUUGUCGCGUGGCCUUGCAGGCACCCGAGGAGGGGGGUCGGGAGAUCACAAGCAGCUGGCUGGUCCCUCCAGCUCAGGUCUACGCCCGCCAUGCGGUGUCCACUCUGGGUGUCUCCCACCGGACCACUGGCUACUGGCCACACUCCUUACAGCUUGGACUGGUCCAUUGGGCUCCUGAGUGGCUGUGGACGCUGGGAUCCCGUAUGCUGGCCACCACUGCCUGAGACGGACAUCUCCACCCAGGCUUGGAUGGUUCUCCAUGACUUAUCCUUAUGUUGCUCCACUGAACAAUUAGGUAGAGUCCACCGUCUCCAGUUUUAGAACUAGAGUCUGGUAUCUCCAUAAAGGUUCAGAUAAAUGGUUAAUUUACUACGCACUCUUUCCAUUCCAUAGAGGUUGUUGUGAGGUAUUAUGUGUUUUUAAAACCCUCUAUGAUUUAAGCCUCUUGUUGUACCAUCAUACAGUGUUAAUUUGCAGUGGUACAACAACAAUUCUCUUCUUUCAUGCAAAAACAAUUCCAAGUCCUUGGAUAUUGCAUAUUUAUUUUCCUGUAGGUGUGAUUUGUGGGAAUUGAUAGGUUGAUUUGAGAAAGAGUGUUUUACUCUUUAGAAGACAAAGUCAUUUCAAAGAAAGAUCAGGUAGAUUUUCUUUGGAUUGAUUGUGGUUUCUUUGAGAAACUGUACUAUUUAGGCUGGUUUGACUUGAACUUCAUCUAGAUUCAGUUGUGUUAUAAACAACUAUUUAACAUACACAUGAGCACUCCAUAUGAACAGAAAUGGUAGUGGCAUAAAAAAUAAAUACAUAAAUAAAAAUCUAUAUUUAAAGUGGUGUGGUGUUAUUAGGCAAUACCAGUGAUCUCUGAUUUAACACAAUCAGUGUCUGAUUUGUGUAUUUGUAAAGGCAGUAGAUCCAUAGCAGUCUGGCUGGAGGAUAUCAAUCCCUUCUGUGCUUCUGUCAUGAGAAUUUGGAGAACUUUAAUAAACAAGUUUGAUGCUUCA